AUGGUUGUGCAGAACAGUGCAGAUGCUGGGGACUCCAGGGUGGGUGUGCAACUGGAGCCCUUCCUGCAUCAGGUCGGGGGACACCUGAGUGUGAUGAAGUAUGACGAGGACACUGUAUGCAAGCCCCUCAUCUCCCAGGAGCAGAGGUUCUAUGAAUCCCUGCCGCCGGCCAUGAAGCGGUUCACCCCACAGUACAAAGGCACCAUCACGGUGCACCUCCUGAAAGACAGCCUCGGCCAUCUCAGCCUGGUUGCCAACCCACUGAACGAGAACCGGGAACCCUUCAAGGUCUCCACGGAGUCGGCGGCAGUGGCAAUAUGGCAGACACUCCAGCAGACCACCAGCGGCAGUGGCGGUGCCCAUCCCCUCUCCCAGUGGCAGCAUUCCCAGUUGGCACAUUCACUCAAGGAGAGCCAAGCCACAGCACUCCUGAGGUCUGAGUUCCACCUUAGCACCCACGUCUCCUCCCUGGUAGAAGACCCUGAUGGGAACCAGGCCCAGGACGAGAGGAAGAGCUUCAACCCCUGGGGACUGCACUGCCACAAGGCCCACCUGAGCCGCCUGUGCACCGAGUAUCCAGAGAACAAGCGACACCGGUUCUUGUUGCUGGAAAAUGUCGUGUCACAGUACAAGUAUCCCUGCAUCCUGGACCUGAAGAUGGGGACCAGGCAGCAUGGGGAUGAUGCAUCUGAGGAGAAGAAGGCCCGCCACAUGACGAAGUGUGCACAGAGCACCUCAGCCUGCCUGGGCAUGCGCAUUUGCGGCAUGCAGGUUUAUCAAAUUGAUAAGAAGCACUUUCUCUGCAAAGACAAGUACUAUGGAAGAAAACUCAAAGUCGAGGGGUUCAGACAAGCCCUCUAUCAGUUCCUGCACAAUGGAACCCGUCUCCGGACAGAACUGCUGGAGCCCAUCCAGCGCCAGCUCCGGGCCCUCCUCUCGGUCAUUAGGAGCCAGAGUUCAUACCGAUUCUAUUCCAGCUCUCUCCUCAUCAUCUAUGAUGGGCAGGAGCUGAUGGAAAGAACCCUGGGUGGCCAGCAUCCUCAGGAGGCUCUGCAGACAGCCCACAGCAACUCUCCUGGAGGUCUUGCUAAAGUUGACAUCCGGAUGAUCGACUUUGCUCAUACGACAUACAAGGGCUCCUGGAAUGAGCAUACGACCUACGAUGGACCAGAUCCAGGCUAUAUUUUUGGUCUGGAGAACCUCAUCCAGAUUCUGCAGGAUAUACAGGAGAAAAAAUGA